AGUUCUCCAAUUCUCCGUUGAUACCGUGCCGGCCGAACCCAUCGGGACCAUCGAUUCCACAACAUAUCCGACUACACACACUCGCGCGCGCGCCCACACACACAUACACCCACACAAACACACACACACACAAACACACACACACAAACCAAUCGACCGGCGGGUACCAUUGUCGGUAACCGCACAAGUCGACAACAACAUGGCGGUCCUCGACCAGGACAACUUCUCCAACAUAUCAUGGCAUAGCGAGCAGAAUCCCGACGCAGCAGGGCCGAGCACGUCCGCAUCAUCCCACGACCGAUCUCAUGAAGCCAGGACAGGCGACGGGAGGCAUGUCGGCCACGGUCACUUGGGCCACGAGAUUCUCGAGUGCGUUGUCUCUGACCCGCACAAGGAGAAUGACGGGACCAAGGACGCUUAUGUUUCGUACCUGAUCACCACAAAUACCACCUUCCCGACCUUCCAGCGACCGACUACCACCGUCCGCCGCCGAUUCACCGACUUUGUUUUUCUCUACAAGGUCCUCACCCGCGAGUACCAGGGAUGCGCGGUUCCUCCACUCCCGGACAAGCAACGCAUGGAAUACGUCCGCGGCGACCGGUUCGGGCCCGACUUCACGGCACGACGUGCCUACUCCCUCCAACGUUUCCUCUCCCGUCUGGCCCUGCACCCAACCCUCCGCCGCGCAAGCAUCCUACACACAUUCCUCGAGAGCCCCGACUGGAACGCGACCAUGCGCAGCAGAGCGGGACGCCGGGCCUCAGCCGGGGCGGGCGGAGACCCUGGCCAGAACCAGUCCGGCAGCGGCAGCGGCAGCGGCAGCGGCGGGGUCUUCGACUCCUUCGCCGACAGCUUCAUGAACGCCUUUACCAAGGUGCAUAAACCGGACCGGCGAUUUGUCGAAGUCAAGGAGAAGGCCGACAAGCUGGACGAGGACCUGAUCCAUGUGGAAAAGGUGGUCGCCCGGGUCGCCCGCCGGGAAGCAGAUCUCGAGACGGACCUCAGAGACCUGGCCGAGCAGUUCCAGAAGCUCAUCACCCUCGAACCCGGCGUCGAGGCCGCCGUCCACGCCUUUGCCGCGUCGGUCGAGGACACGUCGUCGGGCCUCAAGAAGCUCAAGGAGCACACCGACCAAGACUACCUCUCCUCGCUCCGCGACAUGGUCGCCUACAGCGGCGCCCUCAAGAACCUCCUCAAGGCCCGCGAGCAGAAGCAGCUCGACUACGAGCAGCUCACCGAGUACCUCAACCGGUCGACGGCCGACCGCGACAUGCUCGCCUCCGGACACGGCUACACCUCGGGCCCCUUCGGGUCGGGCGCGCUCGGCGGCGCGGGCGGCUUCAUCCGGUCCAAGAUCGAGGACGUGCGCGGCGUGGACCACGAGCAGGCGCGCCGCGACCGCCAGCGCAAGCUGGAGCUGCGCAUCGACGAGCUCACCCGCGAGGUGGAGAACGCGCGCCUGGAGGCGGACCAGUUCGCCGACCAGGUCGUGCGCGAGGUGGAGAGCUUCGAGUGGAUCAAGAAGGUCGAGUUCAAGCGGCAGUUUGGCGGCCUCGUGGACGCCCACAUCGAGUUCUACGACGGCGUCAUCAACGUGUGGGAGCAGUACGUGCGGGAGAUGGAGAGGGAGGGCGUCGUGCUCCCGGCUUAGCGGGCCGAUCCUCGCGAGACGAGGGACGGGUGGAUGGUGAUUGGGGGCGGCCACGGUGCUUCUGCCGAGACCGAGACCGAGGCCGAGACCGAGAGAGACGGCGAAGUUUCGGACGCGGGGAGCGCGAGUUCCGGCCCUUCUGGUGGUGGUGGUAGCCUGAUGGGAACUUACCCCUGGUUAGCCGCCAUUGAG